GCCUCUCUCUCCACGGCUUGGCUCGCUCCUGUGCUCUCUUUUACGACCAUCCACGAACUUGCGACGACGUUUUCCGGUUCCGAUUCCUCUUCAUCUCACCUGCUCGCAUCCCUGGUCCUGAGCUCACCGUUCCGCGCAACACAUACAGUACCUUAUACGACAGCUUCUUUGUCUUACCAGUACUCGUUUAUCCUUAACUAAGAAUGGAUAGCUGGCGGGUCGCCGUGCUGGGUGAUGGUGGCGUCGGAAAGACGGCGUUGGCAGUUCAGUUCACCUUGAAUUGCUUUGUUGAGACGUAUGACCCGACGAUUGAAGACGCCUAUCGGAAACAACUGGUUGUGGACAACCGCAUGUGUUUCGUAGAGGUUAUCGACACUGCUGGUCAAGAGGAAUACGCUACGCUCCGAGACCAGUGGGUUCGUGAGGGGCAAGGAUUCAUCCUCGUCUACUCGAUAGCAUCACGAGCAACCUUCGACCGCCUGGAAGUCUUCCGACAGGCAAUGAUGAAGGUUAAGAAAUCUAAACCUGUGUUCAUGCUUGUCGGCAACAAGUGCGACAAGCAGUACGAGCGGGAGGUCUCCCGCGAGGAAGGAGCGCAGCUGGCGCGUACGUUUGGCUGCGAAUUCCUCGAGACAUCUGCCAAAACUGCGUAUAACGUGGAGCGGCUAUUCACCACUCUUGUCCGCCUGCUGCGGCAAACGAGACAAAACGACCAGAUUACACCAGGGCCUUCGAGACCAGCGGAAGGCGGGAAAGACAGGACGAAGCCAAAGAAAUGCAUCAUCAUGUGAGGUGGCCGUUCUGGACUCUAUAGAUUUGUCAAGCUGUUCCUCCCACUUACCUCUUUUUCCAUGAUACCCCAUCGCAUCCAUUUGUUUCUUUCUACUUCAAUUUGGGCAUUCCUGGCUGUGCUGAUUGGGAGGAUCACUGGCACUACUUCACGAUUUCUGAAGUUACUGCGACACGUCUACGUUCAUCAUGUACAUAUAUUCACACUCACUUCUCACAUGCACGGAUACUGCUGCUCUC